ACUAGAUCUAGACUCCUCAUCAUAUUACUAACUGACCACCAUCGCUAUAUUUGCCGCCCCUUACAUCCAUUAGGCUAAACCUGCCUAGCGUACACCUUCAAGUGCAAAGCGCACUCUCUCUCUGCCUGAUAGGGUAAGACGGAGGCUCGUGUACGCGUCGGGACAGCGCUCCCACCGCCGGCCCAUCCUCGCACGUCGGCAACCAGGCAACGGAAUAGGGGGGUGUCGGGGAGAAUAAAUAGGCAGCUCGCGCGCCCAGCGUUGCUGAGAAUGUAACCCCGUAUCGUUGCUUUCUUUCUGCUUUCGACUUAUAUCCUCCAUCUCUCGCCGCCUCGCGUAGCACCACGAGAACGCUCCGCGCCGGCGCCCAACGCAACCUCCUACGGGACAAACGAACGAACGAACGAACGAAGAAUCUACGCCGCGAUGCUCGUGCGGACCUUCUUCGCCGCGUGGCUCGCGGCGCUGGGCUCAGCUCGCACGGUAGUAGGCCCGCGGCAGGGCUCGGCGGGGCCGGGGGACACGCUGCAGGCGGGGUGGUACUGGGUGCGGGCGGUGGCGAGCCCGAACUUCCACAAGUACCUGCAGACGAAGCCGGCGAACGCGCCGGGCACGGCGGUGCUCGAGAGCUACCGGACGGCGGGCCAGUACGCGGUGCGCGACGGGCAGCUGGUGGCCAACACGGGCAGCGACGGCGCCGCGCCGCUCUACCUGCACGUCGAGCGGCCGCCGGACCUCAAGCAGCGCGCGCUCGCCACCUGGUUCAACGUCAGCCGCAACGACUUCGGCGCCUUCGCCUUCCAGGGCGACGCCCUCACCUGGUCCGCCCCCGACGUCCGCCGCGAGAACCCCGCCGCCUGGCUCGUCUGCAAGGACCAGGCCCUCUUCAUCAACACCGGCCCCUACGCCUACCAGACCCCGAGCGGCUGCGCCGACCAGACGAUCCACUACUACAACGAUAAACACGCCAACGAGUAGCGCAGUACGGAGUUGGAGUGCGCGGAAAUGAGAGCUGUGUACAUAUGUAUCUAGAACCGAACCACUUACAGGAUCUUCUACUCUGGCCCAAUCCUAGAAACGUCCAACGCCUUGCCUCGGUGACGACCUUGGCCGCUGUAGAACCACGCUGUGCUA